CCCGCUCCCGCUCCCGGCGGCGGCGCAGGUGGCCGGGCCGCAGCGGAGCGCACCGGAGCCCGGCCAUGAUGCUGCGUCUGGCUGCCCUCGCAGUGCUGCUGCUGUUCUUUAGGGUCAGCCUGGAGUUGUCCUGGGCCCUGGCCAUCCCUGCUCUCUUUGUCUUCUACCUGGGGUCCGGUGGAUGGAAAUUCCUCCUCAUAUUCUUAAAGACAAUACGGAGAGACCUCACCACGGGGCUGGUCCUGUUGCGGGUGAAGUGGCAGGUGUGGAGGCAUGUGAGGGAGAAAAAUACCAUUGCCAAGAUCUUCCAAAAGACAGCAAGCAAGUAUCCAGAGAAGACAGCACUCAUAUUCCAAGGCACGGGCGAGAGCUGGACCUUCCGGCAGCUGGAUGAGUACUCCAACCGUGUGGCGAAUUUCUUCCGUGGACAAGGCUUCCGCUCUGGUGAUGUGGUGGCUCUGUUCAUGGAAUCCCGCAACCAGUACGUAGGGCUGUGGCUUGGCUUGGCCAAGAUUGGGGUGGAGACAGCCCUUGUGAAUUCCCAUCUGCGCAUGGAGGCCUUGCUGCACUGCAUCACCAUCUCCAACUCCAAGGCUGUGAUUUUUGGGGUAGAGAUGAUGGAAGCCAUGCAGGAAGUGCAGCCCUCCCUGGAGAAAUCCAUUCAUCUCUUCUGGUCUGGUGAAGGAAGCCCCAAGUCAGCAAUUCCUGGUGCAAAACACCUGGAUCCCCUUUUGGAGACGGCCCAGCAGGUCCAGCCAACCCCUCCUGAGAAGGGCUUCCUUGAUAAGCUCUUCUACAUCUACACCUCUGGCACCACAGGAAUGCCCAAGGCUGCCAUUGUGGUGAACUGCAGGUACUUCCGCAUGUCCAGCUUAGUUUAUUACGGUUUCCGCAUGAGGCCCGAUGAUGUGAUGUAUGACUGCCUCCCACUCUACCAUGCUGCAGGGAACAUUGUGGGAGUUGGGCAGUGCCUGCUGCAGGGCAUGACAAUUGUCAUCCGCAAGAAGUUCUCAGCCUCACACUUUUGGGAGGACUGUGUGAAAUACAACUGUACGAUUGUGCAGUACAUUGGUGAGAUCUGCCGUUACCUGCUGAACCAGCCAUACCAGGAGGUGGAGCGGCAGCACCGGGUGCGCAUGGCGCUGGGCAAUGGGCUGCGAGCCUCCAUCUGGCGAGAGUUCAUGGCCCGCUUUGGCAUCGCCCAGGUGGCUGAGUUCUACGGGGCCACUGAAUGCAACUGCAGCUUGGGCAACUUCGACAGCAAUGUUGGGUCCUGUGGCUUCAACAGUAGGAUCCUGCCAGGUGUGUACCCCAUCGGCUUGGUGAAGGUGGAUGAAGACACCAUGGAGCUGAUCCGGGGGCCAGAUGGUGUCUGUAUCCCCUGCAAACCAGGGGAGCCGGGGCAGCUGGUGGGCCGCAUUGUCAAGAGCAACCCCUUGCAGCACUUUGAUGGCUACCUGAAUCAGUCAGCCACCAACAAGAAAAUCGCCAAGGAUGUUUUUUCAAAGGGGGAUGCUGCCUAUCUCACAGGGGACGUCCUGGUCAUGGACAAAUACGGUUACAUGUACUUCCGGGACCGCACUGGGGACACAUUUCGCUGGAAGGGGGAGAACGUCUCCACUACAGAGGUGGAGGGGACACUGAGCCGCAUCCUCAACUUGACAGACGUUGUUGUUUACGGGGUGGAGAUCCCAGGGAUUGAAGGGAAGGCAGGAAUGGCAGCCAUCGCUGACCCCGAGAACUCCUGUGACCUGGAGAGCUUUGCUGGUGAGCUGAAAAAGGCUCUGCCGCUGUACGCGCGGCCCGUCUUCCUGCGAUUUCUGCACGAGGUCUCCAAGACAAGCACUUACAAAUUCCAGAAGAUGGAGCUGCGCAAGGAGGGCUUUGACCCUGUGCUAGUGAAGGACAGGUUGUACUUCCUGGACUCCAGGCAAGGCCACUACCUGCCCCUGGACCAGGAAGCGUUCAGCAGGAUCCAGUCGGGACAGCAGAAGCUGUAACCAGUGGGGCUCGAGCAAGGCACCUCCCCAAGUCCUGCGGGGGAGGAGGGGGGCAGGGCAGGCGCUGGGGAAGAAAAGGUUCAAGGAGCGAUAUAAAGGCACGCUAGAGAUUUUGUUUGACGAGUUUGACAGCGGGUUGGGGGGAAUGCAGGGGUGACAGAGGGGUGGGAGAUGGUUACAUACCAAAGCAUAGACUCAUUAUGGCUUUAUUUUCUAAUUGGUACAGUGGUGGUGGUCCCGUGCCACGGGAGGGGCAUGUCCCCAGCCAGUUGAGGAGGGAUGGGGUGCCCUUUCCAUUCCAUUUUGUUUUUCCUGUCUUCCCCCUCCCUUUUUCUGCCUGCAGCAGCCCUUCCUCAUGCAGGCCAUGAAGGGACCAGUGCUGGGCUCUUUCCCCCCUCCUCCUCCAUUAAGCAGCCAGCUCCUCCCUGGUGCAGGGCCCUGGCUGGCAGAGGGAAGCGGGGUGCCAGGCGCAACCCCCACCCUCUGCGUGGCCCGCUGGUGUCGUGUUUCUGCUGUGAAUCGGGAGCAGGAUAGUGCUGGGUUCCAGGGGAGGGACAGGGAGGUGUUUCUGCCAUGCCUUGCUCUCUCCUGGGGAUAACAUUUCUAUUUUUCACAAUCACACGCACAUUAUACACACACAUUAUAUAUAUAUAAGUAUAUAUAUAUAUAUAUAUAGUAUGUGUGUGUGUGUAUGUAUAUAUACACGCAUAUAUAUUAUACAUGCUGACUUUUUUUUUCCUCCAAUCUUAAUUUAUUGUCCUUACUUUUGAAUGUGUCUCGGGUUUGUGCAGUAGGUGGAGGGACAUCCCAGACCUGUCCUCUCUUGGAGAGCCCUUUUCUCUCACAGGGAGACGGGACACUCUCAUCUGGGACUGAGUCUCCUCUUCCAACGUGGGCGCAGCCAUGUGUGUCCCUGUGGCCUUGCUGGAUGGUGAAGGAUGUGAGCGAACUCUGCUGUCUUACGGACACUUCUCUGGGUCUCUUUCUUCCACCGUUUGUGGAUGCAGCCUUGUUUCGUGCACUUUCUUCCUUGCAGAGAGCAGGUGGGAGAGUGGGAAUGGAGGGCCUGGCUUGGCUUUGCUUAGUCGUACUCAGCGCCUCAGAAACAUGGAGCGGCUCUAGGGGCUUUCCUGCUGCGAUGGCUGGGCCGUGGACGUGGGAGGCAACUUGCCUAGGGGAGAAACUCCUCCAGAGGGUGGUCUCUGUGAGAGCCUGACUUAACAAUCUCUGCGUCUCCUCCUGCAAGAGUCCCUCUCCACCUCCCCAGCAGGAGACUGGCCUCCGAACUGAAAUGUCUGUGUUAAACACCUGACUUGCGCUAUGUGAAUUCCCUGCGUUGUGUCCGAUGUGAAACAGCCUUAGCAGCAAUGUCUGAUUCCAGCCCUUGGAGACCAUGCAGAAACAUCUGUUUCAGAGAAAACUCUGGGUUGGGUUAUCUUCUUUUUUUUUUUUAACGGUUUGUUCGAUGCUUUUAGCAGAGUUACACUUGAAAAUGACAUGUGUGUCUUGCAAGGGCAGUGUGUGUCUGCUCUUUUAGCUGUGCUUCCACACCAACAUACCUGCCUGCCCCAGUCUGUCCUGUCCUCACAAUUAAAUGCGAGUAUGGGCUAC